AUGCUGGCCGCCUCCGUCGUCCGUCGGGCCCUGCUGCUCUGCUGGCUCGCUGCCCCCCGGCCCGCCCGGCCCGAGCCACUUUUCCACAGCCGGGACCGCUCGGACCUGGAGCCCGCCCCGCUGCGCCGGGCCCAGCCCAUCGCCGACCCUGUCGCCGCGCAGCGAUUCCUGUCCAAGUACGGCUGGGCCGCCGCGCCCCCCGGACCCGGGCCCCGGGCUGCCAGCCCCCACGCGCCGCGCGUGGGCCCCCGGGCCCCCGCCCUGGCCGAGGCCGUGCGCAGGUUCCAGAAGGUCAACGCGCUGCCGGCGAGCGGGCGGCUGGACGCGGCCACGCUGGCGGCCAUGAACAGGCCGCGCUGCGGCGUCCCCGACACGCGGCCCCUGCCGCCCCCGGCCCCCGGGCCCCCGCCGUCGCGCCUGCCGCGCCCCGCCCGGCCCAAGCGCUUCCUGCGGCCGCCGCCGCCGCCGCCGCCCGGGGGCCCGCAGCCCGAGGUCGCCGCGCCCCGCGGGGGGACCCGGGCCUUCGCCAAGAGGACGCUGAGCUGGCGGCUGCUGGGGGAGGGCGCCAGCGGGCAGCUGGCCGUGGACGAGCAGAGGCACAUCCUCAGACUGGCCUUCCGGAUGUGGAGCGAGGUGAUGCCGCUGGACUUCCGGGAGGACCUCGCCGCCCCCGGAGCCGCCGUGGACAUAAAGCUGGGUUUCGGACGAGGCCGGCACCUGGGCUGUCCUCGGGUUUUUGAUGGCAGCGGGCAGGAGUUUGCACAUGCCUGGCGCCUGGGCGACAUCCACUUUGACGAUGAUGAACACUUCACACCUCCCACCAGUGACACGGGCAUCAGCCUUCUCAAAGUGGCCGUCCAUGAAAUUGGCCACGUACUCGGCCUGCCUCACACCUAUAGGACAGGAUCCAUAAUGCAACCGAAUUACAUCCCCCAGGAGCCUGUGUUUGAGUUGGACUGGUCAGACAGAAAAGCAGUUCAAAAGCUGUAUGGUUCAUGUGAAGGAUCAUUUGAUACUGCAUUUGACUGGAUUCGCAAAGAGCGAAACCAACAUGGAGCCGUGAUGAUGAGAUUUAGCACCUACUUUUUCCGCAACAGCUGGUACUGGCUUUACGAAAAUCGAAAUAACCGGACACGCUACGGGGAUCCUAUCCAAAUCCUCCGUGGCUGGCACGGAAUCCCAACACAAAACAUCGACGCUUUUGUCCACCUCUGGACGUGGAGAAGAGACGAACGUUAUUUUUUUAAAGGAAAUCAGUACUGGAGAUAUGACAGUGACAAGGAUCAGGCCUACACAGAAGAUGAACAAGGAAGAAGCUACCCCAAAUUGAUUUCAGAAGGAUUUCCUGGCAUCCCAAGUCCCCUGGACACUGCCUUUUAUGACCGAAGAAAGCAGUUAAUUUACUUCUUCAAAGAGUCCCUCGUGUUUGCAUUUGAUGUCAAUAGAAAUCAAGUACUUGAUUCUUAUCCGAUGAAGAUCACUGAAGUGUUUCCGGGAAUAGAGCCAGAGAACCAUCCCUUCAGGAAUAUAGACUCAGCCUAUUACUCCUACGCACACAACGCCAUUUUCUUUUUCAAAGGCAAUGCAUAUUGGAAAGUAGUUAGCGACAGAGACAGACAACAGCAUUCUUGGCUUCCUUCAAAUGGCUUAUUCCCGAAGCAGUCAAUUUCAGAGCGGUGGUUUGACAUUUGUGACGUCCAUACCUCCACCCUGAACAUGUAA